AACAAAAUGGAAAUGUCAAAGACCUACCAAUACCGUAAAGUUAUGAAACCAAUGUUGGAGCGUAAGCGCCGCGCAAGGAUUAACAAGUGCCUCGAUGAACUUAAAGAUUUGAUGGUUGCCACAUUGGAAUCCGAAGGCGAACACGUUACCCGAUUGGAAAAAGCUGAUAUCUUGGAGCUUACAGUUUCACACUUACAAAAGCUUAAACAACAACGUAAAUUAGAUGGUGGAAUGAUCACAUCCCUAUCACCCGCUGAAGGAUUCAGAUCUGGAUACAUUCAUGCAGUUAACGAAGUAUCACGCAGUCUUUCUGAGCUGCCAGGAGUAAAUGUCACAUUUGGCACACAACUUAUGACACAUUUGGGUCAACGUCUGAAUCAGCUGCAACCAACUAUCAAACCUCCAGUACCAGUUACAUCACCAUUGACAGUACAAAUUGUGAAUAAUAAUAAUGAAUUCCGUGGACACUAUUCAGUUCCGCUAUCGCCAGUGUCAAGUUAUGCUGGAAGUCCCAAUUCAUCGGCUUGCGAAACAAAACCCGUUACAAUGUCCUUGUUGACUUGUGUGCCUCAAUAUGUUCCAGCUAAACGGGAAGAAGAAAAUGUAUGGAGGCCAUGGUAAAGACUGCGAUCUCAUGGUUCUUUGCAGUUAUUAAAGACGUCUUCCAAAAAAAAAAAAACAAAACACUUAUAGAACUUAAGUUUGAUUAGUACAAAAAAAGCUUUAAUUUUUUACCAUGUGAUACCUACAUAAAUACAAUUGUAGUUUAUUUUUAAUUUUUAAUUAAGAACUUGUUCAUAUUUAUAUAAUUUUUUCCUUUGAAAAUAAUCC